AUGUCAAUAGCACCCAGCUUAAUCCUUCUGAACGCGCUUAAAACCGCUCUCAGACCCAUAAUGCUCGUUGUUGGAAAAAGGCUUAAAGCUGAUAAAUUGUUUCAGACUGCCCUGUCUCGACGGAAGGAGUCUGCGGCUCCAUUGACGGGGGAAAGAGACAGUACAAUAUUCCGACAUGGAUUUGGAUAUCCUCUCGCCCUGGUGUUAAGACUACGAGUUUUACAGAUAGUAUGUGGCAUAUCAGCUAUGGUGAUGGGCAGCGUGGCCUUCAUAGAAGAAAGACAGAAGUUCAACAUGGGGCUAGGGAUACCUGCAGGAGGCAUCAGUGUAUUAGCAGCAGCGGUAUCAAUUCACACGUCUCGCGGAUGGAGCGCCAUCUCAGGCGUAGCGGGUGCCGGAGCGGGAGCGGCGAGCGUUUUGUGGGCAGCUGCGGCGUGCCUUCUUAUAGCCCUCGUCGUGCAAUGCUGUAGAACUAUUCUAGAUCCUCCUGGAAUUGAUCAUGGAGACGGCCCCAACGAAGAGGACACGAUACCAUCAUCACGCGAUUUAGUUGUAAUCGCUUGUGUACAAAUCGCUCUAGCUGCCGCUACGCUCCUGAGCGCGGCGAUAUGCGCGCGCAUCGAUUGUGGAACAUGACGGGAGCCGCAGCGCACGCUUACUCGACGAAGAGUGAGCGAGGCGCCUGUACCCGCUACCGCUGUUGCUGACACUGUGAUCGCACCCGAAGAAGUUAUAGUCGAAAGGGAAGGCAGUCGGGUAGCCUGGCUUAUAUAAAUAUUUGCGUUGGAAUUCAUUUGUGAAAUGAAAUAAAGGACUGGACUUAGGAACUGAAUAAGGAUCGUGAUUUAAAUUUAUUAGUGAGUGUAUAUUGAACGUUUUAGAGACGUGUAAGUUUAAGUCUAACUAGUCUAUAGUGUACAAAUUAAUUAUCACUUAAGUAAAAUCGGCCGGGCAUCACAUCUGCCAAAUUCAUUGUUUUGAAUAUCACAAAAACACCGCAGCAAAAUUUUAAACCGAUGUAUUUUCCGAUGACAAAAGUUAUUCAAGAUAUUGAAAAUUCGCAAACACAAAGUCAAA